CUCAGACAAAGCUCAACUCAUCGUCGUAUUAAAAGACUUUCAUUAAGCACUAUCAACAAGCCAUUAGACUCCUCUCUAGCAUGACCAAUCCCGACGUAGAAACGAUACUGAUCAUUGGUCUUUCGGGGGCAGGUCUGAAAACGUUUAACCUCUUACUAGAUAAACUAUAUCCAACAUGUGGCUCAUCUGGAAUCAAUCGCACAAUCAGAAUAAUUGUAAUCGAAAAAUCCAAGAUGGCAUAUUGGCCACCUGGAUCAUUAAGAGCAGCUGUUUCACCUGAUUUUGAAAAAAAUAUAAUUGGUAGUUUUGAAAAUGUAAUACCUAAACGAAUUAAAAACGAUCCGGAAAAAAGUAAAAAUGUAAUGGUUAUUACUGGAGUUGAAGUAACUAAAUUGGAUUUGGAAAAGAAAGUAGCAUUUUUGGAUCAAAGUCUUGAAAGCUUUGGAUUGGAUGGGAGUGAAUUGGGUUUUAAGUUUUUAGUCAUUGCAACUGGUUCGAUUUACCAAUUCCCGUGCAGAAUAUCACCUACAGCUCAAUCUCCUCAAGAAGUUGAAACUGAACUGAAGUCUUUACAAACCCAAAUCGAAAGUUCGAAAUCGAUUUUAAUUGCAGGUGGUGGAGUAGUAGGAUUAGAAUUCGCAGGAGAAGUUAGUUACAGAUUUUCAUCAACUUCAAAUCGAAAAAAGAUUACCAUUGUUUCGUCAUCACCGAAUAUCUUAAGUGAUCAUAGUAAAUAUUUAGCAAAUUCAAUCAAAUCACAACUUCUUGAUAGACAUGUGGAAAUUAUUUAUGAUUAUAAAGUUGAUUUGAAAGCUGCUGAUAUUACGAAGACUUCUAAACUUGAUUCACUUACUACCUUAAAUCUUGUAUCUAAUCAAGAUGGAUCUACUAAAACUAUUGAAGCCGAUUUUGUUUUUCUAGCAAUAGGCAACAAACCGAAUUCAUCUAUAAUACCCGGACAAUAUCUAAAUCCAGAAACAAAACGUGUGGCAGUGAACAGCUACCUACAAGUAGUUUCAAACGAAUCUUCUGAAGCUUUGAAUGGUGUAUAUGCCGUAGGAGAUGUAUCUGAUUUCGAAGAAUCCAAAUUAUAUGCAGCUCUAGAUGGACAAGCUGGAGUUGUAAGCAAAAACAUGAUGAUAGAUAUCACUGAACCUAGUGGAGAAAAAUCACAAAAGGUUAUACAUAAACCUAUUCAUGGUACGAUUUCAAUUCCAUUGGGUGCUUAUGGUGGUGCAUCUGAAAUCUUUGGGUUUGCUAUUGGACUUGGGCCAUUGGCAACUUCUUUGGCUAAAGGAAGGAAUCUGUUCCUUUGGAUGUUUAGGAGUAUGUAUCCUGAUAAGCCAAAGUAGGCUAUCCUUCGUUGCUUCCUCUUCCAAGUAGGUAUCAAUAUGUAGUAGAUAUGUUGAGAGGUGAUUGAAUAUGUAUCAUCAAAGACAUCACUUGGUUGUUUGUACCUACAGUUAAACAGUUUAGUGGUUGUAAGUUUCCUUCUAUUGUAAUCUACACACGUUCUUGAAUAACUUUCAAGCCAUAGC